AUGGCUUCGCCGAAACACUCACUACAUUACUCUGUCCCGUCUAGCGCGCGGCAGGUAUUUGAACGACUUCUCAACAAUGCCUGGAUCAAAAAGUAUUUACCAGAGGAGGCGCUAGAAUUUUCUCAUCAGAUCGGUUUUUCGGGAGACGAUGAACCGAGCAUUCCAAUUAAUUGGAGAUUUGCUGAGUCUGCAGCAGCACUGAAGGCCCUUGAAGCAGUUCUCGUCGGUGUAUUGAUGAAGAGAAAGCAUGACUUGGCCUUUGAAGGUGCGACAAUCGAUACCGAUCAUGCUCAGUUAUUUUUCAUGUCUUGCUAUCUUUGGACAAUCAAUCACGACUCCAAAAAUCCAAUUUCGCCUACAGAGAAUCUCAACGCACUGGACAAUAUUAUCCCGAACUACAAUUUCCACGGCAGGGACUCAACGGCCUAUCGAAAAAUGGUUACAAAUAUUUAUAAAACUGCAGAUAAGCGCUUUUUCAACUUGCACGGCGAUCUGAAUCCAAAUCAUACUCUGGAUAUGCUAGGUCUUCCGCACGACCUUGCUGUGUCGACCAGUGAUGAAGCGGCGGCAAUUUUCGUUGAGCGCGUGGCUCGACUCUCUAGCACAGAAUUGCAGCAUCUGACCUCGGAUGUAUACAAGACAUCUGGUGUCAUAUGCGAAUCUGUGGAGUCGUUUCGAGCAACCGAGCAUGCAAAGGCGAAUUCUCAUCUUUCGCUGUUCGAAAUUCAUGAUUACCCGUCUUCAGUUCAAGGUCCGACAUGGUGGCAAAACGCCAACUGCCAAGAAUCGACCAAAAGGCCUCUUGCGGGUCUUAAAGUAGUGGAUCUCUCUCGCAUCAUCGCUGGUCCAGCGAUAGCUCGCGGUCUAGCAGAGUUGGGAGCGUCGGUUAUGCGAGUUACCUCUCCACGUCUUCCGGACAUGCACGUACUCCAUAUAGACCUGAAUUGGGGCAAAUGGAACUGCAGUGUUGACCUCACGACCGCAACCGGCAGGCAGGAGUUGUGGAAACUCCUCGCAGAGGCGGAUGUAGUCGUCCAAGGUUACCGGCCAGGCUCACUCGAGAAGUAUGGGUUCGGGCCCCAUGAUAUAUUGAAUAUGACGAAAGGUCGCUCGCGAGGCAUCAUCGUGCUUCGUGAGAAUUGCUAUGGUUGGUACGGACCUUGGUCUAACCGUAGUGGCUGGCAGCAAAUUAGCGACUCUUGUGUCGGGGUUUCUCAUGGCUUCGGCAAAGCCAUGGGAUUAAAGGAUGGUGAGAGUGUGACGGCUGUCUUCCCACAUAGCGAUUAUAUGACAGGUGUCGUCGGCGUCUCUGCGAUAUUAAUCGCUUUGAUGAAGAGGGCGGAAAGCGGGGGCAGCUACCUUGUGGACACGGCAUUGAAUUAUUACAACAAAUGGCUUGUUGACUGCGUUGGGGAGUAUCCAGUGGCUAUCUGGGAGAAGUUAUGGGCUCGUCAUGGUAACGUGGUGUUCAGGCAAGUGCCGUACUUCCCAUGA